AUGAAAGAUAUAAGUCCUCAGGCAGAAAGCACCACUAGCGUCGUGCGCUUGACCUUCCAGUUCGCUUACAAGGACAAAAUAGAAGCUUCCGAGGAAUGGUACGCUGCAACGGAUAAGCUUAAGCAAGAGCCUAGUAUAGGGUUUGUCACCAAAGGGCAGUCAAUCGAUGACGAACUCGACAUUGUCCUUUUCAUCUCAUGGGACUAUGCUGCGAAACCAUCAGCCUGCUUUUUGUCCGGAAAUAUCGAUCACAUCUUUUCGUCCGUCAGCGACUUUCUUGCAAAGAGACCCCGAUUAAUCUGUAACGUCUGCCAUGAUGACCGAGGACAGUGCGUUAACACAUUCACAACGAGCCGGUCAGGUUUUGAAACCAUGAAAGAAAUCAUGGUAGUGCGCGGGCCAGUUAAAGCAAUGGAGCCAAUAUUAAAGAAAAUUGACGAAGAUGCCAAGCAUUACAUGCACGCUCUGGAUAUUGGAAUGGAUUGUUACGAUAUACAUAUUUCUGACCAAGCUUUUUGGGGCAUGAGUCUCUAUCGCGUGAGUAACGAGAAUGGCAACAAAGAAUUAAGUAGCCAGGAGCACGCCGAUUAUGCUAGUUUUGCUCUUUUUUCUAAAUGGUUUAGCCCAUCAAGGCGAGCAGAGUUCCUAGACCCUAAUAUCCCUGACCGUGCGAUACCACCUGUCUUUCAGGAGUUUUAUGGCAGCAACUGGUGGCAACAAAAAGUGAUGAAACCGAUUGAGGAUAUGGGUGCCACUAUUUCAUCAUGGACUUACCACAAGGGACAGAUUGCCCGUGACCGGAAACUGGUUAUAAGCAAAUUUAAAAACUGGCUAGAGUUUCGAUACAUGGACGAUGUCUCGCUUGCCCAGUUCGAGAGACAAUUGGCAGAAAAAGAACCAUUGUAA